AUGUCCAGGAGAUCACAGUCAGUCAACUACGCUGAGCUUGAUGAUGAAAACUUUUCCGACGAAGGAUAUGUUGACGUAGAUGAUGAUGAUUAUGGCACACCCAAAAAGAGGAAGGCCAACAAAGCAACUGAUGAUAGCGAUGUCCAGGAACUAAAGAGAAGAAAGGCACGUAUGGCUGUAAACUCAGUUAAGGGUCUGUUGCAGGAGCCAAUCUUUUCCGACGAUGACCUACUAGACAUUACUCCUGAUUUACCAGCAGGUUACAUACCCGAUGCAGUGUCAAAGUCUUUUGGUUCAUCUGAUUUUUCAUAUCUCAAGUUGAAACCAGAUCAUUUUACUCGGCCAUUAUGGAUUUCUCCAAACGAUAUGAGAAUCAUAUUAGAGUCAUUUUCGCCAUUGGCAGAGCAAGCGCAAGAUUUUUUGAUCACAAUCGCAGAACCUAUUUCAAGACCGUCACACAUACAUGAGUACAAGAUAACCCCCUUUUCGCUAUAUGCAGCAGUUUCCGUGGGAUUAGAAACGAAUGAUAUCAUCUCUGUGUUGAAUCGGUUGUCAAAAGUGCCCGUGACAGACGCGAUAGUAGAAUUCAUCAAAGCAGCAACCGUAUCGUAUGGUAAGAUCAAGCUAGUUUUGAAAAACAACAGGUACUUUGUUGAAAGCACACAGGCAGACAUAUUGCAAAUGUUGCUCAAAGAUGAAGUUAUUGGGCCUUUAAGGAUCCAGUCUACAGAAAACACAGUUACAAGUAAUGGUUUGGUGCAGUCAGCUCCGCCGCAGAAGGACAUCGAUAUUCCCGGUACAAAGAGAAAAGAGGGCUCAGGCGAGGCAGCAAAACCAAAUAAUGAAGCUGAAGACAUUUUUGCUUCUGUGGUGGGGAGUCGAGAAGACGAUGACGAUUUAGAUACUGUACAUUCGUUUGAGAUCUCGCAUGAUUCUGUCGAAAUUGUAAAGAGACGAUGUCAGGAAAUAGACUAUCCAGUUUUGGAGGAGUACGAUUUCCGUAACGAUGCGAGAAACCCAGACCUCGAGAUUGACUUGAAACCAUCGACACAAAUCAGACCAUAUCAAGAAAAGUCUUUGUCGAAAAUGUUUGGUAACGGAAGAGCAAGAUCUGGUAUUAUUGUGCUUCCCUGUGGUGCAGGUAAGACAUUGGUUGGGAUAACUGCUGCUUGCACGAUACGAAAAUCUGUUAUUGUGUUGUGCACCUCGUCGGUAUCGGUCAUGCAAUGGAGGCAACAAUUUUUACAAUGGUGUACUAUACAACCGGAGAAUGUUGCUGUUUUCACUUCAGAGAAUAAAGAAAUGUUUGCCAGUGAAUCCGGACUUGUAGUUUCUACGUAUUCAAUGGUUGCAAACACUCGUAACAGGUCUCAUGAUUCGCAAAAGGUUAUGGAUUUUCUCAGAUCUAGGGAGUGGGGGUUCAUCAUAUUAGAUGAAGUGCAUGUCGUGCCAGCAAAUAUGUUUAGGCGUGUUGUUACAACUAUAGCUGCACAUGCCAAACUUGGUCUCACAGCGACUUUAGUUCGUGAAGAUGACAAGAUUGACGAUUUAAAUUUCUUGAUUGGGCCAAAGUUGUAUGAGGCAAAUUGGAUGGAUUUGGCCCAAAAAGGCCACAUAGCUAACGUUCAAUGUGCUGAAGUGUGGUGUCCAAUGACGGCAGAAUUCUAUCAAGAGUAUUUGCGAGAAAGUGCCCGAAAAAGAAUGCUUUUGUACAUUAUGAAUCCUACUAAGUUCCAAGCGUGCCAAUUUUUGAUACACUAUCAUGAAAAGAGAGGUGAUAAGAUUAUCGUGUUUAGUGAUAAUGUGUAUGCGCUUCAGGAGUAUGCAUUGAAGCUUGGAAAGCCAUUCAUAUACGGAUCUACACCACAACAGGAGAGAAUGAAGAUUUUACAAAACUUUCAACAUAAUGAUCAAAUCAACACCAUUUUCUUAUCUAAAGUUGGGGACACUUCUAUUGAUUUACCCGAGGCUACCUGUUUAAUCCAAAUAUCUUCUCAUUACGGCUCCAGAAGACAAGAGGCUCAACGGUUGGGAAGAAUUUUGCGGGCCAAAAGACGUAACGAUGAAGGAUUUAAUGCCUUUUUCUACUCCUUGGUUUCCAAAGACACUCAAGAGAUGUACUACUCCACUAAGAGACAAGCAUUUUUAGUUGAUCAAGGUUAUGCUUUCAAGGUUAUUACGCAUUUGAGUGGGAUGGAGCAGUUGCCUGAUUUAGCCUACGCUUCAGCUAGAGAACGUCGAGAAUUAUUGCAACAAGUGUUGUUGAAGAAUGAAGAUGCUGCCGGCUUGGAAAUAGGUGAUGAUGCUGAUACCAACUUCAUUCCAAGAGAACAAAGAAUGAGGAUGGAAAACGGCAAGCAAAAUGGUGCCACUAGGUCGGCUGGUUCAUUGGCGGGAUUGGCCGGUGGUGAGGACAUGGCUUACAUUGAAUACAGCAGAAAUAAGAAUAAAGAAUUAGACUCCCAUCAUCCAUUGAUUCAAAAGAUGUAUUAUAAGAAGAAACAGCAACAACAACAGCAGCAGCAACAUCAGUCACAACAGCGCAGAUAA